AUGUUAUUCGAUAUAUAUCCGAUUCAAAAUUACACUCUCGAGCAAAUCGAAUAUGAGAAAAAUCAUCGACUUCUUCAACCAGUUUGGGAUUUCAUAAAGGUUCUUUGUUUUCCUUUGAACUGAAAAUAAGGAUUCUGAUUAAAUGUUUUGUUUAGAAUGGUAAUGAGCACAUCUUAAGCUCCCCACUUUUCCCGCCAUUCUAUGCAUUAUCAAUCGAUUAUACAUUUGUGAUUGUAUUCACAAUCAUCGAUUUGUUUCUCUAUGAUGUCCCAUUUUUCAAAAACACCAAAAUUCAAAAAGAUCGAAAAGUCACUUGGAAUUUGAUGAAAAAAUCGCUCUAUCUUCAGAUGUGGAAUCAACUUUUAUGGUAAACUUUUUGCUGGUUCGUGAAAAAAAUCAUAAAAAUUCAUUUAGGAUUUACCCGAUGGCUUUGGUUCAAUUGGUGUGGGUGCCUCCAACAGAACUGCCGAUUCUUGCUCCAACUGUUUUCGAACUCCUUUCUCAAUUGGCUAUAUAUUUCUUGGCUUUUGAUUUCACAUAUUUCUGGUUUCACUAUAUUCAUCAUAAAGUUAAAUUUCUUUAUCGCUGGUGUCAUUCUGUUCAUCAUAUGUAUUCUUCGCCAUUUGCUGCAUCUGCACAACAUUUACAUCCAUUUGAGGUAAAAACUUAAAAAGUUUCAUACUACUCAAAAAUUGUUUCUUGAACUUAUCAAAUUUUUAUUAUUUCUUUUUCCAGCUUUUCUUCGUCGGAACAUUCAUCACGACAAUUCCAUGGAUUUUCGAAACUCAUUGUUUGACUUAUUGGACUUGGUUUUUGGUAGCGCAAAGUGUUUCAUAUGAGGUUAGCUUACGAUUUGAUAAAUUAAUUUUCAGACAAUUACAAACUAUUUUUUCCAGGUUCACAUUGGCUAUGAUUUUCCAUUUGCUCUCCAUCGUUUCUUCUGGUUUUAUUCUGGUGCUCCAGCUCACGAUAUGCAUCAUUUACGUCCAUUAACAUGUUUUCAACCAUGGUUCAAUUAUCUUGACAGAUUGAUGGGUAUAUAUUUUUUUUCGACUGAAAAAAACAGAUGUUGAGACUCAAAUUUUAUUCCAGGUUAUCACAUUACAUACGAGGAUUUGAAAAAGAUGACAGAAGCAAAAUUCAAAAAAUUCGGUUUGUACUCGAAAGAAGAUGAGGAAGGAUUGUUGAAGAUCAAUUGA